CCGGUGUCUCCAUAAAUUCUAACAAUCGUUACAUUGACUAUUCCAAUAUGGCGGCGCCCAUGAUUUUAAUUUAACACUUUCAUAAAAAUCUUAUUUUAGCAAAUAAACAGCACUUACAAAAAUGAAACUGGUUUGUUUGUCAAACAACCCUAGUAAGCCAUGUUUUGUGCUGUACUUUAAAGGGGUAACAUUGAUGUUAGACUGUGGCCUUGAUCUCACACAGAUUCUCAGCUUUCUACCUUUACCUUUAGUUUGUGGAUCACGUUUAAGUCAGCUUUCAGACUGGUUAUUGGCCACAGAGAAGUUUGGUAAACAAGGGGAAGAACUUAGCAAAGAGUUAAAGGAAUGCAGUGGAAGGGUGUUCGUAAAUGGUGUUUUAGAAUUCUCUCCCCCUGAGACAAGGAUUGUCGACCUGUCACAAGUUGAUGUGAUACUUUUAUCUAAUUCCUCGUGCAUGCUGGCACUACCGUAUAUUACCGAGUACACCGGGUUUAAAGGAUCCAUAUAUUGUACAGAUCCUACACUACAGAUUGGAAAACAGUAUAUGAAAGAGAUGGUGACAUAUGUAGACAGAGUACCUAGAACAAAAGCUUGCAGUCUUUGGAAGAAUGAUAACAUUAUAAAAAGUUUACCAUUGCCCCUAAGAGAUGCAAUUAACCCAAAGGUCUGGAAGAAAUGUUACACACUACAAGAUAUAGAGUCCUGUCUUUCCAGGGUACAGGUUGUUGGCUUCAAUGAGAAAAAAAAUAUAUUUGGUGCAUUAACAGCUACAUCAUGUAGUUCAGGGUACUCACUGGGUAGUUGUAACUGGGUCAUACACUCUGAUUAUGAAAAGAUCUGUUAUGUAUCAGGGUCAUCAACGCUCACCACACAUCCAAAGCCAAUAGAUCAAGCGCCUCUGCGACACAGUGAUGUUUUGAUCAUGAGUUCAUUGACACAGACUCCCUUGACCAAUCCUGAUUCCAUGAUAGGAGAGUUCUGUGUUAAUGCCGCUGCGACUAUAAAGAAUGGAGGAAAUGUCUUAGUGCCAUGUUACCCAUCUGGUGUGACCUACGACCUUUUUGAAUGUUUGUCCGGACAUUUGGAUAGUUGUGGAUUGAGCACAGUUCCUAUGUACUUUAUAUCCCCAGUCUCAGACAGUACACUGGCCUACUCAAAUAUAUUUGGAGAAUGGCUCUCUUCAUCAAAACAGUCAAAAGUUUAUUUACCAGAACCUCCAUUCCCACAUGCUGAGCUUGUUAGCCUUGGUAGACUCAGGCACUACAAAAAUAUCCAUGAUAUGCAGAAUGAUUUUAAAUGUCCAUGUAUAGUGUUUACUGGUCAUCCUUCAUUGAGAAUGGGUGAUGUCAUACAUUUCAUAGAACUGUGGGGAAAAUCAGCAACCAACACAAUUAUAUUCACAGAGCCAGACUUCCCAUAUUUAGAGGCACUUGGUCCAUUUCAGCCUUUACAAAUGAGGGUUUGUUAUCGUCCAAUAGACACAAGUCUGAGCUUUUCUCAAGCCAACAAACUUGUCAAAGAUCUGAGACCCCAGCAUCUGGUGGUUGCAGAAAGCUACACCGUGCCACCUGUCAACGUGUCACAGAGACCAGACCUGGUCAUCAGCUCGGAGUCUUCCCCAAUUACUUAUAAACAAGGGGAGGUAAUCACUCUCCCUGUAAAGAGGAAGUUUGAGUGCAUUGAACUGGAUCCCAGCUUAGCUGCAUUACUUGUACCAGUUGAAAUAAGGCCGGGGUCAGCAAUAUCCAUGGUGAAUGCCUCAUUGGUUGUCAAGGACAACAAAUAUGUUCUUGAGCCAUUGUCUGGUCCUGAAAUGAAGAAAACAAGGACUGGGAACAAGCCAGUGAAACCAAAAUCAUAUAUAUUUGGUAGUCUAAAUACCAAAGUGUUUGUUGAUACACUCUCAAAGCAAGGUAUCACAGACAUCAAACUGGAGGACAGCGAUGAUGGAUCUAUCAUUCAUUUGCCCAAUGAUGACACACUUAUACAAGUGGAGCAAGGGUCUACACAUAUCAUGUGUGGUGGAGACGAAACAGUGAGGAUUAAGAUCAGAGAUACUUUAUUACAGUGCUUACAAAAAUUAUAACCCAGAUAAACAAUGCCAGUUGUUGAAAGGUUGAAAUGUUUGCAGGGCUUACAUUUAUUGUAAAGGUGGAAAUCAGAAAAUUAAAUUGUGCAAUGUGAUACAGAAGGAACAUAAAAGUGAAGCUAUGGUGCCGAGAUGUGGGGCCAGGAAAGACCUUUGUAACAUAAAUAGAACUUGCUUUCCAAGGUGCAGCUUCUAUCAAUAAAAUGUGAAAAUUG